AUGUCGGAAGAAACGUAUCCGAACUCAGACGCAACCGCCACCAUACUCCUGCUCGGCGAUUCGGGGUGCGGGAAAACCACAUUCUUAAACCUUAAAAAGGAUAACCGGGGACAAGGACAAGGAACUGGCGCAGGCGAAGUAUUCCGGGACACUGACCAACCUUUCCUAUACAAUGUUCGCUUCACAAAGAAAAACCUCCAGAUAGAGUUCUACGAUUCUUCAAAUCCGAAUCAGCACUGGUCAAUGCUACAGCCUAAUGCUAUCAUCCUGGCAUUCGACAUCUCAAAUAGAGACACCCUUGAUGGCUUGAAAGCCUGGCGGAACGAUAUUACAAGAUUCUUCCAACAUGGUUAUGGAGAGAAGAUCCCAAUAAUGCUACUAGGGCUGAAACGAGACCUCAGAGUCGAAGGAGAAGGAAUCAUUUAUCCACAAGAAUCUUACCGGAUUGCCCAAGAGCUCAGAUGUGAUCGAUAUGCAGAAUGCUCUGCGGUUACGGGUGAGCUCAUGGCCGAGGCAUUUGAAGAUAUUGCAAGGCUGGCAGGCAUGGCUAUCUUUGAAUCAGAAUUAGGAAGACAGGAUAAAGGAGGUUGCUGCAUCCUCUGA